UGUUCCAUGUGUCUCACUUCAGGGCUGAGCUUAAACAGACGGCGUCUUUCUUGAGGGUCACAGCACAGGUGACAGUCAAGCUAGAGAAUGAAGUCGCAUAUGUUGGGUUUCCAUGCAGUUCUGCUGCUGUGGCUUCUGGUCUCCUCCUCAAUGCAAGAGUAUGACGUAAACCUAUCAGGCUGUCUGACUACCUCAAAUACCAAAGUUCCUCAGAGGAAUCUGGUUAGCUACACACACCAGCACAAACCCUUGUUCCCUGUGGAUGCUGUAAGAUUUCUUACAAUCAGACAUAAAGUAAUCUGCUCGGAUCCCUCCUCACCAUGGGCCAAAAAAUCAAUGAAGUACCUGGAUGCAAAGAACAAACCUCGGCCAGUAUCAAACAAUGCAGCAAGUCAAUCUUCGACAAAGGCUCCUGUGAAAACACCAACCACAAAUAAGACUCGGUUAUUGGCACAGAUUUAAACGAAGACCCCUUUGGAUGAAAAUUAUUGAUGGACAGUAUGAAUUUGUAUUUUUAAAGACUUUCUCAUUAUUUAACUUUAUAGUACAUCACACACUUCAUAAAUGAAUUUUUUUAAGUGUCAAUUUAUAUGAUUAUUUUUUUAAAAGGACUGUAUUUUCAUAAUUUGAUAUGUUUUAUAUCUACAAAGCUGUUUUCACCGUGUUCUUCUGUCACUUAAUAUUAUAGUUUGUCUAUUAAACCAUUUAGUAUAUAAAACCAUGAUCCGGACUCACAAAAACACACUGAAGAAGGCCUUGAGCUGAAAUGGUUCUGAUUUACCCUGCUGGUGAAUAAUUUAAAAUAAAACAAAAGAACUGCAGAUCAUGGUUUCAUGUUAUAUUUAUAUCUAUAAAAUGUUAUUGUAUUAAAAUUAUUAAAAGAU